AUGCAGACUUGGGAGAAAUCCACAAAUGUCUCAAAUGCAGACUUGGGAGAAAUCCACAAAUGUCAUUUCUGUAACUAUGAACAUGUAACAGCAAUGCCAAGGGCAAAUGCUUUUUUGCAUUUGGAAGACAAAUUUGGAAGGUUAGAUGUUAGUAUCAUAGGUGAGGCAGCAGAAGCAUUAUUGGAAGCUAUUGCGACUGAAAUAAUAAACUAUUUUCAAAAGCUUAUUGAACGGAUUAAUGGUUCGGAAAGUGAUAAAAUCAGUUGUAUAAUUGCCGAGACCAGCUUGGGUUGGGCUAUCGAGAUUGCAGAGAAAAUGGGAAUCAAGAAAGUGGCUUUCUGGCCAGCCGCAUCAGCGUUAUUCGCCCAGUCCUUCAAAAUUCCGAGCCUUAUUGACGAAGGAAUCAUAGACAGUGAAGGAACACCAAUGAAAAACCAGAUAAUUCAGCUUUCACAAGCGAUGCCUCCCAUGAAGACAACAGAUUUCUUUUGGAAUUGUUUCAACGAUGAAGUGGGCCAGAAAUUGUUCUUCAAACUCUUGGUAAAAAAUAUGCAGUUGGUUAAAUCGUCAGACAGGUUAAUUUGCAACUCAUCUAAUUGGUUGGAGCCUGGGACAUUUGCUUCAUUUCCAAACUUUUUACCCAUAGGACCUCUUCUGGCAAGUAAUAGGCUUGGAAACUCAGCUGGCAACUUCUGGCAACAAGACUCAGGUUGCCUCUUGUGGCUUGAUCAACAACAACGCAAUUCUGUCAUAUAUGUUGCAUUUGGAAGUUCCAUGGUAUUUGAUCAGAAUCAAUUCAAAGAACUUGCUCUCAGCCUUGAACUCACCAAAAGACCAUUCCUGUGGGUCGUGCGAGAAAACACAGCUGAAGAUGUCGAUAAUGCAUACCCAAUAGGGUUCCGCGAAAGAGUACGUAAUUGGGGGCGAAUAGUGGCUUGGGCACCGCAGCAAAACGUCCUAUCCCAUCCUUCCAUUGCCUGUUUCAUUAGCCAUUGUGGUUGGAAUUCCACCAUCGAAGGCAUAAGCAAUGGAGUCCCUUUUCUGUGUUGGCCGUAUUUCUCGGAUCAAAUGUUCAAUCAGAGCUACAUUUGUGAUUAUUUGAAAAUAGGAUUGAAGUUGAAUAAAGAUGAAGGUGGAAUAAUUAGGCAUGAAGAGAUUUACAACAAACUAGAACAACUUUUGGGUGACGAAAGAUUUAAAGAAUUGGCGUUGGAUCUUCAAUCAAAUGUCCUAAACAGCGUUCGAGAAGGAGGGAGCUCUUAUAAUAAUUUCAAGGAUCUCGUAGCAUGGAUUAAGGAUUGAAAAAAAGAAGUUCUAUAUAUUCUUCUAUUAUCAUCACAUUAACUAUGUAUCUUUGGCAUUUAUAGUAUUGAGUGCAAGUUUAGUUAAUCUUACCUAAUUUUCAAAAUAAUAUAUUUGUGUUUAUUAAA